UUGCCCCUUUCUCCUCUCAUGCCAGCCUCAUGGUUCCCUCUCGUGUCCUCUGCCGGCUUCCGUAGACAUUCCUCCACUGACAGUUAGUGUGCGGCGGUGACAGACGAGCAUCGGUCAGCCUACAAUCCAGCUCCAGGUGUAAAAUAUGGAAGAAAUUAACAACAUUGACGUCACUCCGUGCACAGAGUCCGACUACCUGAAGCCGUUCAGGGUGCACUAUAACCAGAAUGGCACAAAGAAAUCCUGGGACUUCAUGAGAACCCAUGACAGUGUAUCAGUGCUGAUCUUCAACACCAGCUCACACUGUUUUGUCCUCGUCAAGCAGUUCCGUCCAGCUGUAUACAUGUGUGAGUGGGAAAGGAACAAGACACAGCCGCCUCAGUCAGCUGAAAAACCUGAAGAGGGCGCCUCCGAAGCCGCCGCCCCGGCCGCUGAACCUCAGGAGGGCCAGUCGGCUGCGGAGGGGGAGAGCUCUUCCCAGUGGCCCCCGGCUACAGCGGGGGUCACCUACGAGCUCUGCGCCGGGCUGGUGGACAAACCCAACCUGUCCCUGGAGGAGAUCGCCCGGCAGGAGGUGCUGGAGGAGUGCGGCUACGAUGUGCCUGUCGCUAAACUGAAGAGGAUCACAUCUUACAGGUCAGGCGUAGGUGUGACGGGCGCCAAGCAGACCAUGUUUUAUGCCGAGGUGUCCGACGACAACUGUGUGAGCGCAGGUGGAGGUGAGCCACGCGAGGGAGAGCUUAUCGAGGUGGUCAAAGUCCCGCUGCACGAGGCCAUGACGUUUGCCUACGACGAGCGUAUACCUAAAACCAUGGGCAUCAUUUUUAGUUUCAUGUGGUUCCAUAAUAACAUGUCUCCCAAGUACAAGAUCUCCACCAAUGUGUAACUAGUAUUAAGCAACCUUCUUUAUACCGUUUAUUCCAAAUUAAAUUACAACACUGGCCCAGCACAUCCACUCUUCCCCUUAUCGCUCUUCAUCCUGUAUGGCCUUUUUGCUUAUUGGUACAUGAUGAAAGGUGGGCCCCUUGUCUUGUUGCCAACAGGUUUCUUUACGUUUCUGUCCUGUUUACCUUUAUGUUGUCUUUAAUAUUUUUCCUAAAAACAAAUUUGCCAUAGCUGGUUGUCACUGGCACAUUUAUUUUUUGUUCUUUAUGGAUUUUUGUUUUAUCAUUUCAUUUACUGUGCCAUGUGUUUAUAAAUGGCUGCAUAUCACUGAUUUCAUUUGCCUGCCCUUGAUUAAAGGAAUACUCUACUGCUCUUAGUGUAAGCUCGUGAAUGUUCCCUGCAUUUAGAAAAACAAUAAGUCAAACUCCAACUUGUAUCCAGCAUUCCUACAACACCCAGCAGUCAUUGCAAACUGAGGCUCAUCAACCACCCGAUUAGCUAACGUUUUAGCAUGCUAAUAUGUGCAUUGGAGUUGAUGCAAACACUUGCCUCGACAAAGUGUGCCGGAGGUGUUUCGCCUCUAAUAUGUCAACACGCGUCAUAUGAACAAUGGCUACUUAACUUGAAGUAUUAAUAGCAUCGAUAUAAGGUAAAAACAAAACAGUGGAGUAUUCCUUUAAUCCGUGAUCCAGUAAUGCAAAAACUAUGCUAGUCAAUGGUGGGGCCUUGUAACCAUUGAGGUGUUUCGGUGCGUUUUAACCACCACUUGUUCAAGCAUGCCUCAAUUAAUUACUCUUAUUCACAGCCUUUAAGCAAUACUUAGAAAGUUCCCCGGGCUAAACAAUCACUUAGUGGCACUAAAGUCAACCUCCAUAACGUCAAACCAGUGGGCAGCAUACAGUAUUAGCCGUCUCUUUUUCUUGUCACAGAAAAAGCAUACAGCGACCUAGCCCUGCACUGAUCUUCAGUAUCAUUGUUCUAAAGCACAAUGCUACAAUGUUUUUGUUUAGUUCAAGAACACUGAUGCAUAUUUUUUUUAACCAUAAAGACACACUGGACAUACAGUAGGGAAGACACUGUAUUAAAGCAAAGCAAUUCCUAGAGAGUUCCAUUUUAUUCCCAACAUAACUACGUACAUUUCAGACAUUCAUGUAGAUGUAGGAGCAUAUUUAAAAGGACUUAAACCACCUGGAAAUCUGCCUUUGGUCAUAAUUCAUCUAAGAGGUCUUAAUUAGUGGAUGCUCAUUAUCUCACAAACCUACUGUCAAUCUCAACAGCAGUUUUUCCAAAAUCUCAGGUCCAGUAUAGUCAAACAUUUGGUCAUGUUUAGGGUGGAUCUUUGGAUGUGAUGAUGACCAGCAUGUUAUUAUAUUUCAGAGCCACUUGCAGCCUAAAAGGCAACAAAGCUCUUACGUAUUUUUCUUCAUUCAAAAAGGGCUGGUACUUCAUUAAUAACAUGUAGAAAAGGAAAAAUUCCCCCACCUUGUAGGUUUCUGAAAUAUAUGCAAAUACACAUUUCUUUUUAGAAAAUGAUCACUUACUUAAACAGAUACACAUCUCAUUAUUUAUACAUUAGUAUAGUUAGAUAGUCAAUUACCAAGUCUUCUUGGUUUACCAGUAGGUGAAUUUUACUAGAGUUACCUGACUCACAUGGGGGUUUGUUGUUAGAGUUAUAAGUUAUAAGAGUAAUAAGACCUUGAACAUACUGGAAGGAAAACCAGGAUUAAAAUGUGUUUUAUUCAACAAAAACAAUAUCAAGUCUCCAUAAAGCCACAUAUUGUUGAUGUAUGGUGUUUAUUAUUAUGGGCUUUUGAGCCUGAAAUACAGCUGACAAUCAAAUGCAAACAUUUUUCUACUUUUACCCAUAAAUCUCAUUUUUUGGGGCAAUUGUUUCAUCGAUUUGCUAGGUGUUCUCUCUACUGAAAUAGAUUUAAGGCAUAAUAGUCACGAUUAUUUGUUGCUCCUUUAUCUCUCAAUGCAUUGGUUUUAUCAGCAAACGUCAAGAAAGUUUAAAUCACAGUCAAAUAUCUAAAUUUCCACUCAAGCUGUGUUGGAAUAUAUGCAGAACCCUUAAGCCAUAUUUACAUCCCCCUAAUUCAUUUAGCUUCUUUGUCUUUCUGUCCAUUGGAGAGCCUUCCUGGAUGUAGGACUGUGCAGUUUGCUGCUUGGGUGAUUUUCUUUGGGAAAGGAAAGAUGAUUCUCGUUUGCUAAAUGAAUUUAUAGUCCCUCAAAGGAGGCUCCAAAUAAAUCAGAUUCCCUUUGUGUUGUCCUCUUACAAACUAUUUAAAUAAGUUGUAGUUUGCACUUUUGGCAAAGCUAUGAAAUGACUCCUGGACAACUUGUUUAUCUGUGUAGUAAAUAAAUAGCUAUUAUACAUUUCAUUAUGUAUCAGGAAAGACAUUUAUUUGGCACCUUAUCCUCAUGAAACCACUCCCCCUUCUUAUUUCCUCUACAUCCAUGUGAUUCUUUCUUUAGUCUUAAGUUGAAUACGUUCUGAGUGUAUCUUAAUGGAGAAAUUCACUUAAAGAUUCCCAAUGGUGCUCACAAUUUUCUGUCUUUUUGUUUUUUCUUGUAGUACGAGUCCAACCCAUGAAAAAUAAUAACAUUGUCACUUUUUGUCUUGAAAUGACCCACAUUUUAAAUGGGUUUGCCAUAAUCAUUCCAGCAUAAACAUCACUCUGUAUUUAAUGAAAUAAAAUCUCAGUUUGCUGAAGUGAGGCCGAUGGCUUCUGAUUUGGCUAACUGUAAAAAUGUGACAAACAAAGCCAUUUUAACUCUUAAGGCCAGUCUGUAACUUUAUGUGCCUGUCAAAUGUGGAGACUUCUCUUACGGCUGGAAAUGUUUUUGUUUUGAGGAAAGUCAUGGCAAAAACACAAAGGCUUGUCUUUGUCUUUUCUGUAGGCAUGUUACUUAUGGCAGCCUCAGCCAGCAAGCCAACACCGGUACAAAUUCCUCCACACCUUUCCUCCAGCUUUACUCGGAAAAGUUGAGAGAGUUAAGUGAACAUCACCAAGGAAAUCUACAAAAGUAAAUAGCAGCAUGCAGCGUGGCGGUGCUUCACGUUCAGCUGAUUCGGCCUGCUACUAUAUAUAGGCAGAUAAAUCUACAAUGGAAAUCUUAAUUUAUAUAAGGCCUGUAUUAUAUUUUUGUCCUGCUUGUGCAGUGAAAACUCACAAGUUGUUAUCAGACCUGCAGUCUAUUUUAUACUCAACCAUUUUUUAUUAGUUUUAUAAGCUAUUUAGAUGUGACAGGCUAUGUUUUUAUAAAGUCAUUAGGUUUCAAAAGUUGUGUGUUUUUCUGCGUAUAAUGUUAACAUUCUAGUUUAAAGCCAAACUUCACUCUCAUAGUGUUGACUUUAUUAUAAUGGGAUCCAUGAGAAGGUUGGUAACACACAAGAUUUUAGAAAAAUAUGCGUAUUUGAGUACCAUAAAAAGCGCUAUAUAAAUGUGAUUUAUUAUUAUUAUUAUUAUUAUUAGAUUUACUAUUAGAGCCCGGAGAGUGGUGUCAAACUUUUAAUCGAACAGUAAUCAUGAAGUUAGUCAUCUGCUGACUCACGUAGAUUAGCAUAACGGCUGGAACCAGCUAGCUUAGCUCCAUCAUAUCUUUAGCUCAAUAAAUAACAAAACAAGUGCUGUUUCCAGAAGUGAAUAGAUACUUCAGACAAGUACAAACACUAGUUUUUCUGUUUUCCACCAACAGACAAAACAGCAAAACGAACCAAUAACAUAACAACCUUUGAAGAGCUAAAUAGUUAGCUUUAGCUGUUAGCUUUGGCUAACCGUUCCCCUGUUGGAGGUUUGUGUGCUAAGCUAAGCUUAGCACACAAACCGCCUUUGCUAUACAGCCUUUGCUGUAGCUUUAUAUGUACUUAUACAGCAAGGAAAGUGGUAUCAAUCUUCUCAUCUAACUCUUUGCAAAACAGCAAAUAAGUGUGUUUUGAAAUCAUUAUUUAUAUUCUCCAACCAUGACAAGCGUAACCCUCACCUCUACGGCAAAAGUAAAAGCACUUUUGACAGACCAGAGUGAGGUUGCAGACUGUGCCACUGGUAAGCCAUACGCUUCUUCUAUUGAAUGAAAAAUAAUCUAAUAUAUAUGAGGUAAGUUAAUGGUUGUAUAAUUCAUUCUUGCCUAUGCUGGAUAUUAUCCAUUAGCCCAGCAUGGGACAUUUCUACCUCCAUCACUCAGGCACAUACUGAAAAUAUUUGGUGUCCGUUUGCUUGCUUCUUACGGCGCUGACAUAUCAAAUUCUCAGCAACAUGUCAGAAAUGUCAACACUCAGCUUGUUCUCUGUGACAGAAAACCUAAAUCAUCGGUAUCAGAUUUUUUAUAGAUGUACCCCCAUGGCUAUGCUGUAGUUGCUUCUUCAACUGUGAUCGUUUGUUUUCUUUGUUUUGUGUACUGUUAGACAAUUUCUUACUGUGUUUUUAAUGAUCAUGUGCUGAGCACUAGUCAAUCAUGAACAUGCUUUUAAAGGUGCUAUGUGUAGUAUUCUCUUAUUACUGUUAAAUGAUUAACUUGGACGAUCGGUGUUGCAGUUUAAACAAUGACCUCUGGUGAUUAACUCAAUAUUCCUUUGUUUGUUUGAAUUUUUUGGGAAGUUUUAGCUUCUUUUCUUGGCGGAAUGGUAGCUAAAUAUCCAGAAGCAACAGGGUAAAAACAAUCAGAUUUGCUGCCCUUAAGGUGUUAUAAUUGACUAUAAAGUGUAGCACAUGUUAUUCUGUUAGGUAGUGUGAUAUUCAGCGGAAAUCCUACACAUAAUACCUUUAAGUGAAGGAAAUAUUUUAGAUUUUUCUCAUGGUAAAGACAUAAAGAAAUUUGUCCAAUUGUGAUUUUAUUUUUGAUUUUUGAUGUCUUUCACUGAAUUUGUGUUUUUGAAGAAAAUAUUUUCAGAAAAAAAAGUACAAACAUUGAAGUUAUACAAAUGUAUCAUGUAUUUUAUGCUUUAUUAAGAGUGUAUACUCAUUGUGGGCAGUGUUUUCAGUACAUUUUGUUAAUUUAUUACCUAAAUGUUGAAAUAUUAAAAACUUUUAAACAUGACACUUGGUACAAACAUACAGUAUAUAUUUAAAUAUGAUACUUUGCAUGUGCACUAACUGUUGGAUUAAUCUGCAUUAAGUUAAAUAAAAGGGGUUUGAUGCCCAAAAUGUUCAUUA